AAUAAAGUAGGCUAGAUCUAUCGUACACAAUUUGAUAUAAUUUUUAUAAGUAGCCUACCAGCAUGUUUACAAUUUUAUUCAGGUAGCCUACUAGUAGUAGGUCUUUAAUAACCUAGUCUCUAGGUCUAAAUUGCUAUCUUUUUCAUUUUUCAAGAAGUUAGAAGUUGACAAAAGUUUAUUUAUUUAUUUAUUUAAAGUAUAAUUUCUAGUAUUUAAUGAUAAUGUAAAGCCUAGACUAGCCAGUUUGUGUAUGGUAGAGAAUUAUCACAAGAAAGAGAGAAAUCUAAUCAACUAUUUAGAUUUAAACUCAUUCAUGCUUGAUUGAUUAGAUUAACAUUAAAUGAUCAGAUUUGUAGCCUAAUGGUCCCAUUACAAGGUAGUUGAUUUAUUUAAAGUUCCCGCUGAAGCCAUCUGGUUUUUCUCCCUUUUUACUCUUUGUGGGAAAUCUUCUUUAAAUUUGUUGCCAGUCUGCCUUGCCGACUGCUUUGGCAGACAGAAUAGCUAGCGUCUGUUUUUGGCUUGGGUGUUGUAUUCUAACCAAUGUAGCUAUUUUGUGUUGUUAAAGAACAGUUUCUCUUUCCUUUAGCAUUUAUAUUUUGGCAUUUUAACAUGCCUAACUCAUUUACCAAAUUAUCUCGUUCUCCUAGCUAUUAAUUUUUGUCUCAUUUGAGUAAAUGCUCGUCUUUGCUAACGUUUGACUUUUGUACAAGCCAAGCUAACCAAACGCGUCUGUUACUUGUUUAUUAAAUCCGCAAAAGCGGUCCACGACAUGGGGAUUCACGAUCUCGGCAUACUGUCCGACACUCCACGAACUGGGCGACGUUCUGAUUCUGACGUCACGGACGAUCUGUUGGACCACGGGUGUACAAUGGCAUAACCAUCCAAUUUUGCCGAAUGCUGUUGAACUACCAGAGUUUGUUACUCCCAAUUGGAAAGUUCGCCGAAUCGAGGUAAUACAUCUCCAAUUUUUCUACCAAACUGGAACAAUCGGCGAAUAGUGGGGGAAGUUAUUCGUUUAUCCUUGUCAGGUUGGGAAUAUAAUAGUUUGUUCUCGAUAAUGAAUUAUUGUAUUCCUUUCACUGUCCGUGUUGAGUCGGAAAUGAUCGAGCAGUGUAUUUGAGGAAUACUUGACCGCAACACUACUGGGGUGAUGUUAGAUGAACGAAUUGGACUGCAACCUAAUCACUAAUUCACUGAUUUGUAUUUGAAUCUUAGGUAAUCCAAGUAUCCCUUGAAUAGUAAUUUCUUUUUCUUUUAUUUUUGUACUUGCAUUAAUUCUUUUUUGGAUAUUGAGUAAUACUUGGGUGGACUUGCUUAUAAUCUGUUUUGGAUAUUUUUCCUUGUAUUCAAGAUCUAUGUUGAUCUUUUGGGGAUUUCAGUUACGUACUGGGUAUCCUUGGAUCUCCUAGAUUCUUUCUUUUUGAGAUUGUCAUUUUCAGGUUUUGAAAAUUAUUAAAUAGUGGUCAACGACUGUUGAAAAUCAUGUAUUGCCUUGUUCAUAAUAAUUUUUUUUAAUAUAUUGGUAAUUUAUCCACCAAAUGAGUGUCAGUGAAUUUUAGAUUGAUUAGACCCCUUUCCCUAGGUUAGAAGUGGUCGGGCUGGAUUCUUUCAAGUGAUGAAUCAAUAACACUGUUCACACAAACUUUUCUUAAGUGUGACAGUAAGCUGCGCCGCACUCUGCUAUUUUGGUAACUAUACCAAAUUUCCAAAUUCUAUAUUUUUCAGUCAUAUCUUUUCAAUAUCCAUAUUUCCAAAUUUAUUACUUAAUAUAUUUGAUUGAUUCAUUGCUUGCCAAAGCAUGACAGCUUGACCGCCAGUCUAGCCUGAGGAAUGUGGUUUGAUUGUCGAUCAAUCACAGGUUAGGGUAUUGUAGUCAGGUGUGGAUAAUUUAAAUUUCUGAGAGUGGAAAUAAUUUAAUGCAUCCAUAUUAUCUUCAUUUAGAGUAUUGAGAUAGACAAUCAUCAUUGGUUAUUUAGUAUUGAAGAUGCUUAACAUGGAAAUGUUAAUAAUAUUGACAGUACUGUUAGUUAAUGUGCCUUACAAGAUCUAAAAAUUUAAGAUAGAAUCUUAUACAUGAUAAUUUUACUUUGUCUAAUUUUGUACAAUGUUGCAUACCUUUUGUUGGAUUCUGAGUUGAGUUUGAAGUAUGAAUUGAAUUCAAGGUAUGAAGUGACUUUGAAUUUGAACUUUAAAGACUUGGUCUUAAAACACAACGAUUUUGAAAUUUUCUAUUUGCCAUUAAUAUUUUUAUUUUCUUUUCAAUUUUGUACUAGCUUGCUCUAGCUUGACAAGAUGGAAACCAGCAUCCCAAAUAUGUCCGGACAACCCUCAGAUACCACCCGGGAAGUAAGGGAUCAGACUGUUCAGGGAACAGAAUCCACAGAGUCCCCAUCAAGUAUGUUUUGGGAAGUAAAACAUGAGAUAGAGGAGAAAAUAGCUUCAGGUGGGGGAAUGAGAGGUUGGUUAGCUCGAGCUAUUAACCCUAAUCAUUUAGUAAAGUUUCAGAUUCAUUUUGAACUUAGAACCAUGGGAAUCCCCGGGGAGGAAAUUGAACCUAUGAGUGUAGAUGAUCUACGUAAGAAGUAUAGAGAGGUGCGAAAAGAGCAUGGGGAGGGGGAAAGACAGUUACAUAGGUAUAAUCACUCUGACGACUCUGCCAAGUCUGAAUUAAGUCAAAUAGACAAUAUUAUAGGAUGGAUAGAGGGCUGGUGUGCUAGUUUAAGUGGGGACAUGGAGGCCGAGAAUAGGAAGGAGGUUUUCCUCAAAAGUAUGUCCAAUGUGUCCCACUGCACAAAUAGAAUUAUCCACUUGUUGACAUUUGCCCGUUUUGAAAAGAAAGAGAGCUUGCUUUCAGAUUUGGAUCAACGUAUAGAAAAAAUACUAGGGAUAGGUACAUCAUUGUCAAAUUGGCAACCUGGACCUCCUAGCCGCGGAGCUUCACCAGUGCCGUAUUCCACAGCCAUGUCAUCUCCAACGGUUCCUGAGGCUUCUGCAACUACUACUACUUUAGUGCUGCCUCCAACACAAAAUUUGCAGAAAGUAGGCAGACCUGAAGCUCAUAUUCCUGUUGAGCCAGUUGGUCGUGCUCCUCUCAGGACAAAUAAUCCAAGGUUGACCUUGAACAUUCCGCCUGCAGGUGCACAUCAAUUCAUGCCAGUGCAACCUAGUCAAUUCAACUUUAAUCCAGCAAUUUCCACAGGUGUCCCUCGUUUAGACCUAAGUGCAUCUUCACCUUUUGGAAGUUUGUACAACAAAUUACAGAAUCCAGUUGAGUCUUUAUUGAAAGAGUUACCUGUCACUGAUGGAUUGACAGUUGAGACUUUAUUGAAAUUCUUGGGAGUGGCAUUGAAAAUUAGAAGCCAAUUUGGUGUAAGUAAUUCGCAUUUAUUUCAGCUGUUGCAACCUUUUGCGGUAGGGCCUUUAGGGGAACGUUUGAAUUUUGCAAUCAAUUCAAACAUCAGUUUUGACCAAUUUCACAAAGGUAUUUUACAAUAUUUCAUUCCUCAACGCUUGUUAUCGGCCAUUGAGAGAGAACGUUUUUAUCGUUUACAGAGCUCACAGGAACCACUUUGCAGUUACAUUGUUUCGAUCAGGGAAGCUGCAAGUUUGCUCAGAAUCAACUUAUCUGAGGCAGAAAUAGUCCACACAAUUUGUUCAGGCUUGAAUCCUGCGGAAAGAUCUCGUCUUAUUUUCCAGGAAAGACCAACCACAUUUCAAGCUUUAAAUGAGAUGAGUGUAUUAUCACAGAACCUGAGUUUUGCUGACAAUGAGCGAGCCUAUGUGGAGAGUUCGAGAAUCGGUAGUGUCAGGCAGACCUCUACGGCUUAUGGACACCGAGAUAGGACCUGCUAUGAAUGUGGAAAGAGAGGUCACAUUGCUAUGAACUGUAGGUCAAAAUCGGCACAACAACACGCUGGUAUCUCCAACAAUAAGCCUGAUGUCAAGCAGCCUGGACCAAGCGCAGUUGGUGGAAGUGGAAAGGUAACUUGUUUUAAUUGUAAGAAGGUAGGUCACUUUGCACGUGACUGUACAUCAAAGAGGUCCUGACUAGUCAAUGCUUGUCUUGAUGAAAAUUCCAACUAUGAGUCCAAAAACAAAUUGUUUACCAACCUGGAGGGAUACAAGGGUAAACCCAGAAAUAGAGUUAUCUCUAAAUAUGGUCAGAGGAGCAGGUGUUUGGAUAAGCAGCAUCCUGCCAACCAUAAGGCUAGAGUACUCAUGAAUGAAAUCCUGCCUAUAAUUGUUUGUUUUUUGGGUUUAGGGGCUUUGGAAACACCAGCUUUGAUUGAUUCUGGUGCUGUUAGAUCUAUUAUUUCUUCUUCUGUUCUGGAUCAAUUGUUAGCCAAUGGUGACCACUUUGUCUUCUCUGAAGAACAUUUUGUCUGUACCACUGCUAAUAAAAGCCCUCUUGUGUUGAGUAAGUCAGUCUCGAUAAAAAUCAGAAUUGAAAACUUCACCUGGAAUUUCAAAUUUUUUAUUGCCGAAAAUGUUGCCUUUCCUGUCAUUCUAGGGUGUGAUUUUAUUAAGUUUUCCCAGCUGAUUCCUAAUCUUUUCAACAAUUCCUAUUUCUUUGGCUUCAAACCACAGAUUAAAUUCAACUUUGUCACGGAGUGGAGAUCUUUGUUGUCACCACUGAUUGCAUCUAUUGGAGUCCUUGAUAGUAACAGUCCCUUGUCACAGGAUGAGCAGUCCGGUUUAGAUGAGGUUCUUGGUGAUUUCCAGGAUGUAUUAUCCAAGAGAUUGGGUAAAACAAACUUGUUGGAGUAUAAAAUCCGUUUGACCUCAACUGAGCCUGUACGUCACCCUCCAUAUCAGCUGAACCCAAUCAAAAGGGAGAUUGUUGAUCAAAAGGUAAAGAAAAUGUUGGAGGAAGGAGUAAUUGAGAAGGCUGUUUCCAAUUAUUCAAGUCCAUGUUUUCUGGUACCCAAAGGUGAUAAGAAUGACUCAGACAGCGAAUCAUGGCGGUUA